AUGGAUCGUGUUCUGCUGGAGAAUGAGACGUUGAAGCAGCGAGUGGACGAACUGCACGGCAACGCAGUGGAGCUGGAGGCGUUGAAGAAACAGCUCCGUUUAGUGCAAAUCUCACGUGAAAGCGCACAAGAAUCGCUUUUCAAAGUAGAGGCUGAACGAGAUCAUCUCAAAGAAUCUCUGGAACGUCUCACUGAGGAGAAUCUCGCUUUCAAAACAACGAAUAAGGUUGAAUUCGAGGAGUUUGUUUUGUUGGAUUGGUGA